ACACACACACACCUCUCUCUCUCUCUCUCCCUCUCUCAGAUAGGCAGCGCAGACGUGGGCAGAGUGUGGGGGUAUAGGAAGAGGAGAGAGCGAGAGGGUAGGUAGUAGUGUGUGUGAGGCUGUUAGACAGCAUGGUCUGGGUCUGAGGACAACACUGGAAGACACAGCAGCAACCUCCAGAUCUCCAUGUAGACCAGUGUGGUGACAUCCACAGAUCACCUGGACCUGUCCACCCAUCAGCACCCACCCAGGACAACACCCGCCUUUUACAGAGAAGCAAGAGGAGAAGGAGGACAAGGGGGGUGGGUGUGUUUAUCUUCUUUUUUUCUCAGUUUUUGGGGUUUUGGUAGUAGGCUCCGGGCUGGACCGCAUGCAUGACACAACGCAAAGGCGAGAAACCCACCAUCAGCAUCCAGGAGCACAUGGCCAUUGACGUGUGCCCUGGCCCCAUCCAGCCCAUCAAGCAGAUCUCAGACUACUUCCCCCGUUACCCACGGGGCCUCCCCCCUGCUGCGCCCCACCAAGUGGGCCACGCCGGGCCCCUGAGCCCUGCCCUCUCCACCACCUCGGCCGCCACCUCGGCCACCACUUCGGCCAUCGCCUCUGUUGAAAGUGACCGCCCGAAUGAGGAUAAACCAGAACGGGCUUGUGCCGGAGCCUCUGCCUCCUUACAGGCCACCAAGAGGGACGAGGAUCCUGACGUGGAAGGAUACGACUCAGAUGACUCCACUACAUUGGGGACCUUGGAAUUCAGUUUGCAGUAUGACCAGGAGAACAAUGCACUUCACUGCACCAUUAACAAAGCCAAGCUUCCUGUCCCCAGAUACAAGAAGGGGCUCAAGCCGAUGGACCACAACGGGCUUUCUGACCCCUAUGUCAAGUUGCACCUACUGCCCGGAGCCAGCAAGGCCAAUAAACUUAGAACCAAGACCCUGCACAACACACUCAACCCUGUCUGGAGCGAGACCCUGACCUACUACGGCAUCACCGACGAGGAUAUGGUCCGCAAAACACUCAGGAUUUCAGUGUGUGAUGAGGACAAAUUCCGCCACAACGAGUUCAUCGGGGAAACACGAAUCCCCCUUAAGAAGCUCAAGCCCAACCAAAUCAAAAACUUCAACAACUGCCUGGAGAAACAGCUACCUGUCAACAAGACAGAAGACAAGUCCCUGGAGGAACGAGGGCGCAUCAUGAUUUCUCUUAAGUACAACACCCAGAAGUCUUGCCUGGUAGUAGGCAUCAUACGCUGUGCUCACCUCGCCGCCAUGGACGCCAACGGCUUCUCCGACCCCUACGUCAAAACGUACCUGAAGCCUGACGAGAACAAAAAGUCAAAGCACAAGACUGCAGUGAAGAAGAAGACCCUCAAUCCAGAGUUCAACGAGGAGUUCUGUUACGACAUAAAAUAUGCAGACCUCACCAAAAAGACCUUGGAGGUGACAGUGUGGGACUACGACAUCGGAAAGUCCAAUGAUUUCAUAGGUGGUGUAUCUCUGGGUAUCAAUGCAAAUGGAGAGAGGCUCAAACACUGGUUUGACUGCCUUAAAAACAAGGACAAGAAAAUUGAGCGCUGGCACACGUUGACCAAUGAAUUACCUGGUUCAUUAAAUGACUGAAGACCCAAAUCCUGUCUGCCAACCUGUUGCCCCCCCCCCCCC